CCGCCCCCCCCCCUCCCCGGGCCUUGCCUCGGUAGUGACGGCGGCGCGGGGCAGGCCGGGAAGGGUCGCGGGGCAGGCCGGGAAGGGUCGCGGGGCAGGCCGGGAAGGGUGUCCGCAGCGAGCCCGGGGCGGCCGUGAGGGUCGGCGCGGUAGCGGCGGGAUGUGGUACGAGAUCCUGCCCGGCAUGGCCAUCAUGGGCAUCUGCCUCAGCAUCCCCGGCCUCUCCACCGUCUACAUGCACCGCUGGUGCAACGGCGGCAAGGAGAAGAGGAUCGCCCGCUAUCCCUACCAGUGGACCCUGAUGGAAAGAGACCGGCGGCUGUCGGGCGUCAACAAGUACUACGUCUCCAAGGGUCUGGAGAACAUAGACUAAGGUGGUGGCCACUUUGAAGAAUCCACAUAUCCAUAUACAAUGAUUUAACUCUUUAUUAAAGAUAUACAUGUAUUCAA